CCUUGCGCUGUCUCCCUGCAGGGCGCUCAAUAUGGAAUACACAGCCAGAGCCAGAUAGAGACCGGUGUGUGCGCGACCACGCGUAAUGUUUUCAGCGUGUAUACUUAAUGGAUACUAACUUGAGUGUAGAAGGAAAAAUGUGUGGAACUUUUUGAGUUUCUUCAGCCCAAACGCCGGAUACGUGUUGUCCUCACUCGACUAUAAAUACGGCGGCGCGGAGCGCGCUGUGAGGUCAGUGUGCUGCGGUCCAUGGCACUGAAGCUCGCGCUCUAACAGGUGGAUUUCAGAUAUUUGGUUAAGGUAUCUGAAGGCCUCAGCAUGCCUGCCCCCCCGCCGCCUCCACCUCCCCUGGCCCCCCCUCCUCCACCACCGCCCAGCGCUGCCCUGCCACCGUGUCCGUUGGAGCCUUUUAAGCUCCAGUCUGGAGGAGGAGGAGGAGGAGGAGGAGGAGGAAGGAAGGCCCUGUUGGCCGACAUCCAUAAAGGAGCCAGGCUCAAGAAAGUCACGCAGGUCAAUGACCGCAGUUCCCCCGCCGUGGACAAUCCCGAGGCCAGCAUUGGAGAAGCAUCCAGUCUCCUUGCUGCUUCUCCCGGCUCAUCAGGAGGGGUGGCACCCAUGGGACCCUCUUUGGGUGGGCUGUUUGCUGGAGGGUUCCCCACGCUCAGGCCUGUAGGACAAAGAGACCCAGCAGGCAAGACCCCAGUGUCCCGAUCGAGCUCCUCGGCCUCCCUGAAGCCUCUGUGGAACCCGCCCACGCCAGCAGACACGAGCAGCGUCACCGAGCCUCACAGGGCGACGGAGCUCCGAGGCUCCGCCCCCUCGUCCUCUGCACCUCCCUCCCCCUCUCACAGCAGCAAGCACCCACCUUCUUUCCCCGUUUCCUCUCCCCCACCGCCUCCACCCACCCCUCCCUCUGCUCCUCCUCCGCCGCCUCCCCCACCACCCCAUGCCUUCCAGGAGCGGCCAGCCAACAGGCCUCCGCCCCUGCCCACCUGCCCACCUCCUCCACCCCCAUCUCAAGUCACCAAGCCCACCUGGCUCCCCAUCCAGCACUCCUACCAUACCGUCCUCUCCCAGCCCUCUACUCCUCCUCCUCCUCUGCCUCCUCCACCUUUCCAGCCUCCCAUUGCUGUUCCAGGAGACCGCUCAUCCGGUUGUUUCUACCCUCUGACCCCCUCCCCAGUCCACUCUGAACCUUCUAGGUUCCCCAUCCUGCGGGACAGCCCACUGGGACCUCCCCCCCCACCUCCUGCCCCCCCUCUACCAGCUUCUUUCAGUCCGAGCUGCCCGUCCACGCUCCCCCCUCCCCCGCCCAAGGUGGCAGCAGUGCCCUCCCCAGCCAUGCGCGCUCUGCCCCCCUCGUACCCCUGCAACGCUCCGACCCGCCGGCCGCCGGCUGUGCCCAGAAGUGCAGGUGUGGGUCGGCUGGCUCCUCCUCCAGCUCCCCCCGCACGUUCCCCCUCUACAGAGCUGUCCACCCGAAUUCCUCCCCCUCCCCCACCACCUCCCCUGCCUCCAUUAAGUCUCAGGAAUGGACACCUGCACAGCCUGGCAGAUGAUUUUGAAUCCAAGUUCCAGUUCCACCCCGUCGUGGACUUCCCGCCUCCCGGUGAAUUCAAGCCUUUUCCUCGGAGCUACCCCAGCAAAGAAAACAGAGUGAACCCCAAACCACCUGGGAUAAGGACACACCUCAGAUGAGUCAAGGCCUCACCCUGUCCAUCACCCCCCCCACACACACACACACACACACACACAUGCAUCAGGCAGUAAGACUCCUCCUCCUCAUGACAAUAACAUAACUGUCAUGGGCUUAUGUGGUUGCAGGCUCUGUGUGUGUGUGUGUUGUUUGUGUUUAGUGUGUGUGUGUUUGUGUGAGUGUCAAACAGGGUCCCGCCUUAUACUGACUAUGUGAACUCUGAUCUUUUCCAGUGUGGAAUGUUUUGAAUGUGUGUGAGGAGGAGGGCUCCCCCUACUCGUAAAUUACAUUCUCACACACACACACACACACACACACACACACACACACACACGUCUUCCAGCAGUUAUAUUUAACAUGGUUCUGGCCAUUUUGUAAGCAUUUCAUGGAAUAGCAUGUUUUUAUUUGAUGUCAUGAUUUGUCCUUUUAUACAGUAGCACUUUUAAAGUCUGCAUGUAACUCGUGAAGCUGUGUUCCAGCAGCAGCUUCUGCACAAGGAGCUCCUUAAGAGCUCCUAUUCAUUUUGACAAUGACCGUGUGUAUAUAGCCCCCUUUAGCAGACUGUAAACAUCAUCUUACGCUGAAUGUGAAUAUACUUACAUGUUAACCUUGAGUGGUGCUCUUCUGUGUUUGUAUAAUUUUUUUGAUGAGAAACAAAUGAAUCUAUAAGUGUUGAAGGUCAUAUACGGACAUUUUAGAAGUAUGGAUGAGUUUUAAGUUACAUUGAGGUGUUAUAAAUAAUGAAUGAUGUUUCCUUUCUCCCUGCAUUAAGAAAUACUAACACCUGUGAAGACAGUGCCACCUGCGGGUUCAAUGUGUACAGUAUUACAAGUUGUGACCACCAACCACCAAAUAAAGUACAGUAUUUUGUUAAGAAA